UAAAUGUAUGAUUUUUUUAGAUUGUGAAAUAUUUAUGCUUUUAUUUAUAUAUAUAUUUGUAUAAUAUAAAAAAGCUUCACCAAUAUUAUAUUUAUAAAUAUGUAUUUAUUUGAGUUAUGACAUAAGAUUAUUUAACUAGUCUGUGACAGUGUAUACAACAUUUAUAGUGGAAUGACUCAAAGACUGUAAUACAAUGUAAUGUUUCUCCGUUGAUUUCAUGACACCUAGAACUUCACUUCUCAAGCCACUUCAUCGCUCCGAGAACCGUUUUGUCAGACUCAACGAAACGCGUUAUGAAAAAAGAUCUGGACCUUCUGAUUUUCCGUUAAACAACAAACAUGGCGUCCUCUGCUGAUGUCCAUGUCCGAAUAUGUGGCCAAGAAAUUAUUAAAUACGAUUUAGAGAUCAAAGCUAUUAUUCAGGACAUCAGAGAAUGUUCUGGGCCGCAGACAGUGCUGAUGGAUCUGAAUGCCACAGUGAAGGAAAAGUUCAGUCAGUUAAGACAGAGAAUUCAGGACAUGGAGCAGAUGGCUAAAGAGCAAGACAGAGAGACCGACAAGCAAGCUAUCUUGAGUGAAACUGAAUGCCAUCGUAAGCAGAUGUUAAGUAACCAGAUGGCAUGGAGGAAGGCCAAUCUGGCCUGUAAACUGGCCAUCGAUAACCUGGAGAAAGAUGAACUGCUUCAGGGAGGUGACUCUGUGAGACAGAGGAAAGCAACUAAAGAGAGUCUGGUGCAGACUUCCAGUGACAUCACAGGGAGUUUGAUGGGCAUCAGUCGAAUGAUGGCACAGCAGGUGCAGCAGAGUGAAGAGACCAUCGGCACUCUAGCUACAUCUUCAAAGACUGUGCAAGAGACAAAUGAAGAGUUUAAGUCGAUGACCAGCACCAUCCAUUUGGGAAGAAAGCUCAUCCUGAAAUAUAAUCGGCGUGAACUGACAGACAAAUUGCUGAUCUUUUUAGCUCUCUCUCUGUUUCUGGCAACAGUGCUCUACAUCCUGAAAAAGAGACUCUUCCCCUUCAUUUAGUGAAAAGGGAACUCAGCCUCCAUCUGCCUGCCAUUUAAAAUCAUUCUGUGAAUGUUUCAACCUAAUUUGACCCCUCAAUCUUCACGGUAGACCUGGCAUGAAUUUUAAAAUGACUUAUGGAGAUGAAGAAUCCAUUCUUCCUCCAUUGCCUGGGAGGAAGACGCACAUUCGUGCACUAAUGCUAGUGAGGUUCAGUGAAUAACAGUAUGCAAAUAACAACCGAGACAAUGAGAUUUUGAACAGGUCUUGUACUAGAUUGCAAUGUUGGAGUUGCUGAACAAAUUGUAUCCAUUAAUUACAAAAUAUAUUGAAGUACUCUGUCCAUAUUAACUGGCUUGAAAAUGGUCUAGGGCAAUAAGGCAGGACAUUAAAGAGCUAUUAUAAAAAUGUCAGGUCUUAGAAUUUAGAAUAACAAUAUGAAAUAAAAGCAGACUCUGUUAUUUUUCAUUAUUAGUCUUACUGAUUACAUUUCCAUUUUAGUUGCAUAUUUACCCUUUGUGCAAUUGUAAUCCACUUUUUUUCUUUGGGAAUAAUGUUGGAUGUUUUGAUCUCAGGUUAAUUCAGUAAUAUUCCAGACCCUGAUGGGUAAUCUCUGCAUAAACUCGGCAUAAUGUCAAUGCCUUAUGAACUUAACAAAGUUGCUGCCACUUCUUAUAAAAGUUGAUUAAAUACUUGAUGUUCUGUAUAGAACAUAUUAUAGACAUAAAUUAUUUCAUUUCAUUCAAACUUUGAUUUGUGGGAAAGUACUUUGUAUAAGCCAUUUUUUUAAUCUGCUUCUGUUUAAUUUUGUGUGCAAAUUUAUA